AUGGAGUCAGAUGUGGCCGAAGAGGCGACGGCCUCGUUCGAGAGCCAAGUUCACGAUGACGAAGAGGAUUGCCAGGAGCACUGUUUGCCAACCUGGUGGGACCGCCACUGCCAACUUCAGCACACCUACGGCUCCUCCACUUUAUCCGUGCGGGUGAAGGCUCUGGGGCUUGGGGAGUCCGAUGUCCAGUCGCUGCUUCUGGGCAUAAACUCCUUUUGUGCGCGCUGCGUGGACCCCACCGUGGAGCUUGUGCUCGAGCUGGAUGCCUCGGAGAACGAUCUCUCCGACGAGGCUGGAGCCAUCCUGGUUUCAGGGUUACAGGACUUUGGCAAACGCCGACGAGGUCAUGCGAGGCUCCGUGUGCUGAAGCUACACAAGAACCAGGUUGGCGAUGCGACGUGUCAAAAAAUUGCAUCACUCGUCUGGCAUCAGAAGCAGGCAGUGGAGGAGAUCCACCUGUCGCAUAAUGAAGUUCGACAAAAGGGCAUGGCGGCCCUGCUCGUUGCACUCGCCCUGCAUCCUCCGAAGGCUUAUCCACGAGCCGCUCCAGGCGAAGAGGUGCCAUGUUGGGUGCGCUUGGAGCAUAACCAGGUGUCUCAUGCCGAGUACCUUUUGAACUUGUUGAGCCAGGAUCCCACGAAGCUGCGCACCUGCCUCGCUCCCCGACGUGACAGAGGUCCAAGCUGUACUUCUUUCAGAUGUCAGGCAGUCGAGAACGUGGCGCAUGUUCACCUGUACUGUGUUGACAAGCAGGACGACGCCCAAAGUGAGACCAGGAAGCAUGCUCAGGCCGCGCUGCAAGAAGCCCUCGAGGAUUGUCGCCAGGGCCACCCAGGCAGCGGUGCCGUCCCCAAAAUGAAGAUGCCUCCGCUGCUUACGCCCUCGGAUGCGGCAGAGUGCCGCCUGGUGGAGCUCAAUGUAGAUCCUGACAACGGUGCUGGGCUGGAUCUCAGCGAGGGCCACUACGGCUUCGUGGUGGAUGCCGUGGAAGCUGAGCCCGGGCAGCAGCUCUCACCGGGAGAUGUACUUCUUGAAAUUGAUGGUGUGCAGUUGUGGGGAGGCUUGGGACUGGAGCGCCUGGGUGAGGCCUUCGGCAGCCGCUUUGCAGACGGGGCUCGGCUGCGUGUUGCACGAGCCGAUGCAGUGCAGGGUCGGGCCCUUUGGCAGCAACUCUCGAUUCCCGGACCAUCGUUGUCUUCUCGCUGUGACGACUUGCGUGAAUCCCUGGGUCAAGACUUGGUCAUCAUGGGCCAGCAGUGUGGUGUGCAGGCAAAGCUGGAGGAUGAUGGCGUUUGGUUGCGUGGGCAUCCGCAACAGCAACGCUGGGCUGCGGACGAGCUGCCGAGGCUUCUGGCCUUCUACUUCCCCGAAACGUCGCUUCCGUUCCCUUCUUGCCAUUGGCGUGGUGAUCCCGACGAGCUGUGCAGAUCGGAGAUCGCCGAACCUUCUUGCGAGGACAAGAUGAGACAAGAGCUUCGUCUCGGCGAGCUGCCAGAUGGAAGCUGUGCAGAACUGGCAUCUUGGGAAAAGCUUCUCAGAGGACAGUGGUGCGAAGAUGACGACAUAUUCGAUGAGGAUCUACCGGUGGAGCCAUUGGAAGCGCCGGACGACGGCCCAGAUGUAUUCGAGGGACAGGUGCUUGCACCCGAAACACAUGUCUCGGAUCCACUCAGGGUCCUGAUGCUGGUUGGGCUGCCAGGAUCCGGCAAGAGUACCCUGGCGGCCAGGAUGCACCGCCUUGGGUGGGUCGUCAUAAACCAGGACACCCUCGGGGACAGGAAGAAAUGCGUGACCACUGCCAUUGAUGCAUUGUCCUCCGGGCAGAAGGUGGUCAUCGACCGUUGCAACGUCACGCGACUGCAGCGGCGAGUCUGGCUCGGGGUGGCAGAUGAGAGCCAGGCCAGCGUGGGCUGCAUCUGGUUGGAUGUGCCGGAGGAGGAAUGUGGCGACCGAGUGCUUCAUCGCUUCGGCCAUAAAACUCUCCCGGCCAACGACUCCAGCCUCGAAGUCAUAUCUGCUUUCCAAGAUCGCAUGGAAGUCCCAAUGGAGGCGGAAGGAUUCGUGCUCUGGCGUGCUUGCGACGAUGGCGAUGUUGAUGAGGCUGUUGCUGAGAUUCUGGAACUUGCCGAAAGCAGCGAGGCACAGGCUGCCGAGACAGCCGCGGCACCUUCACCGACAGGGUAUCCGAAGGCUGUGCGUUGUGGCGAUGAUGGCUUCGCGUACAAGGCGGUGCAGCGACGCGGAGUUCGCGCACUGUACCUGCGCGCUGUGCGCCGCCAAAUCGAAUACUACCUCUCUGACAAGAAUCUGAAGCAAGACUGGUUUUUCCAAGAAAAGAUUGUCGAGGAGCCUGAGCCAGGGUGGCUCGAGAUGCGCUGGAUCUUGUCGUGUCCGCGUAUCAGGGAUGUGCAUUGUGCCUCCCUGGUGGACGUCCUGGAAGCUCUCGGGCCUUCUACCCUCAAAGUCAAGGCUUGCAGUGGCACGCACUGGGUGCGAAGGAAAAAGCCGCUGCCACCACUGAAGGAAGGCCGCCCGGUCAGAGGACAGGAACCGGAGUGGUAUGUUCGAUUGCAUGGCGGGCCCAGAGGGCCUGCUGGGCCAGAGCAAGACAGAGGGGACGUUGCAUGUGCUCCGGAUUCAGAGGAAGGUUUCCAGGCUUGUGCUGCUUGCCACCGCCAAAAGCCCCGCGAAGACUUCAGCAAGGCGCAGCUGACCAAGCAUCGGAGGAGUCCAACGUGCAAAGAGUGCUUGCAAGCGGCUGCUUCGUAG